ACUGCUACCCUGGGGGAGGCGGGUGAAGAAUGCCCUGGUGCCCAGGGCUUUACCUUGGAGGGUAGGUCGGGCAGGGUAGGACAGGCCUAAGGGAGGGGCCGGAAAGACCUCCUUCAGAAGCAGCCACUUCUGGUCCCCACCCCUGGAGCUAACGGCAAGAUCUGCUAUCCCAUGGGGACCCCAGGCUCUCUUCCCAGUGCACAGCUUCUCCUCUGCCUGUUUUCUCUGCUCCCACUGCUCCAGGUGGCCCAGCCAAGCCAGGCACCCCAGGACCAGCCCCUGUGGACACUUUUGGAGCAGUACUGCCACAGGACCCCAACUCGGAAUCUCUCAGGUCCCUACAUCUACUGCAACACGACCUUGGACCAGAUCGGGACCUGCUGGCCACAGAGCGCACCCGGAGCCCUAGUGGAGAGACCGUGUCCCGAGUACUUCAAUGGCAUCAAGUACAACACGACCCGGAAUGCCUAUAGAGAGUGCCUGGAGAACGGGACCUGGGCCUCGAGGGUCAACUACUCACACUGCGAACCCAUUUUGGAUGACAAGCAGAGGAAGUAUGACCUGCAUUACCGAAUCGCCCUCAUUGUCAACUACCUGGGCCACUGUGUUUCCGUGGUGGCCCUGGUGGCCGCUUUCCUGCUUUUCCUAGUGCUGCGGAGUAUCCGCUGCCUACGGAAUGUGAUCCACUGGAACCUCAUCACCACCUUCAUCCUGAGAAACAUCGCAUGGUUCCUGCUGCAACUCAUCGACCACGAAGUGCACGAGGGCAAUGAGGUCUGGUGCCGCUGCAUCACCACCAUCUUCAACUACUUUGUGGUCACCAACUUCUUCUGGAUGUUCGUGGAGGGCUGCUACCUGCACACGGCCAUUGUCAUGACGUACUCCACGGAGCACCUGCGCAAGUGGCUCUUCCUCUUCAUUGGAUGGUGCAUACCCUGCCCUAUCAUUGUCGCCUGGGCAGUUGGCAAACUCUACUACGAGAAUGAGCAGUGCUGGUUUGGAAAGGAAGCUGGUGACUUGGUGGACUACAUCUACCAGGGCCCCGUCAUGCUCGUGCUGUUGAUCAAUUUUGUAUUUCUGUUCAACAUCGUCAGGAUCCUGAUGACAAAGUUACGAGCAUCCACCACAUCGGAGACAAUCCAGUACAGGAAGGCAGUGAAGGCCACGCUGGUCCUCCUCCCCCUGUUGGGCAUUACCUACAUGCUCUUCUUUGUCAAUCCUGGAGAGGAUGACCUGUCCCAAAUUGUGUUCAUCUACUUCAACUCCUUCCUGCAGUCCUUCCAGGGUUUCUUUGUGUCUGUUUUCUACUGCUUCUUCAAUGGAGAGGUGCGCGCGGCCCUGAGAAAGCGGUGGCACCGCUGGCAGGACCACCACGCCCUCCGGGUGCCUGUGGCCCGGGCCAUGUCCAUCCCUACGUCGCCCACCAGGAUCAGCUUCCACAGCAUCAAGCAGACAGCUGCCGUGUGACCCUCUGUCACCGUGUGACCCUCUGUCACCGUCUGCCCGGCACUCCACCACUGAGGCAGCUUCCCCAUCCUUUACAGCCUUCCCCUGGGUCCUCCUUGCUACCCUGACCCUUGGGGUACAAGAGAAGGGAGGGGAAUGAACUCUCCCGCUUGGAAGGAAAGGAAAGCUAUGACCUGGGGGGCUCUGAAGGACCAGGGCCCAGUGCAGCCACACAUCUCCAAGCACAAGGGAGCAGAGGGACAUCAAAGGACCCUCAGAAGGGGCGCAUCUCACACCACCAAGCCUCUGUGCACCCAGCCUCUUUUGUGGAGUCCUCACUGCAGCACCAUUUACAUCUGAGAAAAAUGCGGCCCAGAGCAGGCAGGGGCCUGGCCAAGUUACACAGCUACUUGCCCCACCCACAACACCCACAGUUGGCUCUGCUCCUUGCUUUCCAUCUCCACACGUGGGGGCGCCCUUUAAAGGUGAGGGAGACAAGAAUGAACUUAUCUGGCUUCAUCCCAGGAGCCUUGUAGCAGAGAAGCCUCCCUCUUCGUACCAGCCCUUCACCAGGGUACCCUUCUUCUUCUCCCCCAGUCCUGCUUCCCAUGUGUCUCCAGGAGAAUGCUGGCUUCCAGUUGGCUAUCCCUCCUGGGAGCCACCCCCCCAUUCAGUCUGGACUCAGUCUGGGGACCUAGACCACAGGAAGUGAGUUAGAUGGAAAGUCACACUCUCAGGCCAGUCAUAUACAGCGCCAGACAGAAGGAGAAGGGAAGAGCCCGAGGAAGAAGGGUGAGGAUCCCCCAAAUCAGAGUAUGCCUGGGCGUGAUUGAAACAAGGACUCCAGGCUCUCAGUGACAGCAGCCAGGCAUCUGUGGAGUUGGCCACCUUCAAUUCAAGCAACUAGACAUUGGAGAGAUGUUGUGAGCCAAUAGUAAAGGCAGAAUGUCUGCCAUGCCCCUCUUCUUAUGGCCUGGGCCCGAGCAGGACUUCCUGUGGAGUCUUUAGGUUCAAAGGGACUGAAUCAUCCCUGUCACCCCAAAGGGUGGCCUCUGCUCCAUCCCCAGCGUAGACCCUGCCUGUGCCAGGGACUAAUAUUCUGGAACUGGGAGGGAGAGGAGGCAAGGCCCUUUAGGCUCCGAAAGCAAGAAGAAACAGCUUGGUUUCAGGCUCCACUUCCAUUCCCCUGUCCCUGGAGCAGAAGAGGAGGGUUGGGGCGAUCCAACAGACUUGAAAAGGCCCCUUGUCUAGGUACCCCACAAAAAUAAACAUUGAAAAC